AUGACAAACAGAACCUUGAUAAAUGACCGCAAGUCCAGAAAGCGAGAGCUGGAUCGUAAAUCGCAGCGAUUAGCUCGUCAGCGAACAAGAAGUCGUAUGGCACAUCUCGAAACAUUGGUGGCCAAUUUUCAAGAGUCAGACUCGGAUGUUCGCUUCUCCUCUCUGAAUGAACGACUCUCCGAGUUAACCAGUGAGCGAGAUAGACUCAGGGGGCUUUUGGAGUCUCUUAACUUUACCAUCCGCAGUCACCUUGACGAGACCCCUGCAACAAGGCCCGUUCCAUCCUCUGCGGUCUGCAAAGAUGGUUCAGCACAGCCUCAGCAGAGGGGGCCAGAAAUUCCAGACUCUCGAGGAGCAGAGCUUUUUCCAUUAAAUUCUUCUGGGAUUGAGAAUGUCGACAGUGCUGCAUCAAUGAACAGUAACGAUGGGGCUCAGGCCUGGCAUGACCCAGAGUCCCUGGAGCUAGAUCCUUUUCUGUUUCAGCUACCUCCUCUGUCCCAGGACUUCCUCAACACCACUCUUCCACAGACUGCACUACCAGGAUGUGAAUGUAUGCUCGGGGCAUCGUACGACACCGGCACGACGCUCAGCAUCUGGCGCCAACUCAAUGAUCUCUACCAGCCAUUGGCCCAUAUAGACCUCGCAGCGGAGGACCGGGAGAGCGAAGAUUCCAUUAUUCGCGCCGUGCUAUACGGGUGGAAUAGUGUUGGUGCAGCGGGACGAGCGCUAACCACCUGCCGUAUGCUUCGCAGCGUAGACGAGCUCCCCUGGGUGAAGUCCAACCCCACCGACCGACUGGCUAUCCUGAGCUUGAUGCGCCUCAUGCUGGUAAGCCAGAACAGCACAAGAAAAGCCGAGCUACCACGUUGGCUCCAAGCCAGGCCAUCUCAGAACCUUCCCCAUGCAAUCGCCAUCGACUUUGUCUUCUGGCCUGGUGUACGAGAGCGGUUGGUCUUCUCGGAGCAUGAAUACUGCAGAGACUCUUUUUGGCGCAGUGCAUUUUCGAGUACGAGGCUCAUGUGGCCGCUUGGACUGUCUGAUGCCUAUGUCCAGAACUCGAUGACUGGUAAUUUGCACUUUUCGCCUUACUUUCGCACGUUUAUACGGGAUCUGGGGAACUGGACUGUCUCACCUGAGUUUUUACAACAAUAUCCAGAGCUACACAAUGAUAUUAAAGGAUAUUGA